AUGAGUUCUGAAAUGGUUGGAUAUUUUUCUCUGGAUGGGAGCCAAUUUGCAUUCCAAGCCAAUAUCGCACAAAAGAACUUUGUGGAUGUGUACCCACUAGACUCGUCUAAUAACUUCAAUGUCAAUAGUUCCCUUGUGACACGCAUCGACUAUGAGAGCAAUGAUCUAAUUGCUGAUGAAGCUUUAUUCAUGGGUUGGUGUACUUCUCCUGCAACUACUGCAAGCAAGCUCAAGAGAGAUACCGAUGGUGAAGGCAUUCCAAAGGCUGAUAAUCAAGAAAACUAUUUUGUCAGUGUAUUUCCUGAAGGCAAGAUUGUCGUUUUUGCUCCAAAUGGUAAAGACAUCGUUAAUAUUAUUAAGAACAAGCAUGAAAUUACUCAUACAGAUAUCUCAGAUGAGUUUAUUUGGAUCGUAGAUGCUGAUAAUACUGUCAAAAAGUUCCAAUUCAGUGAAACAAAGCCUGCAAAAACUUUUCAUCUAACUGAUGGCAAAAAUGAGGAGAUUGUACAUUUCCAGAUCUUGAAUUCUGGUUCUAAUCCUAUUGUUGCAGUCGCUUCAGAGCAAACAGUAUACAUAAUAGACGCUUCAAAAAGAAAACCUUCUACAGUGGCUAAACUGGAUGUAUUUGGCGCAUUAACUUGUCAAUUACUAGAUUCAGAUGAUAAAAUUGCCAUUGCAACUGUGGAAACCCUUUCUGUAUUCGACUUGUCAACUGGUGAAAUUAUCAAUACCUGGAAGAUUCAGUCUGAGAAAAUUAAGAAAAAUGGUAACUUGUUGUUCAGUGUAAACGUUGACGGAAACCUAUCUAUCUUAGAUAUGAAGAAUGGAAAACUAGUGAAUACAAUUAGUGUCAAUAAAACAGAGAUCAUCGAUUUUUCGAUUAUUGGAGAUAGUCUAAUGGUAGCUUGGUUAAACGUAAAUGAACCAAACUUCAAGAAGCUUUCAAUAGAAGAUAUUAAAAAGGAAAAAUCAAUUGAAUUAAAAAGUGGUGCUGAAGAAAGUGAAUCUGUAAUUGACCAGAAAAAAACUAUUGAUGACAUUAAGGUUGAAGAAACUGGAAAAAAGAUAAAGAAAAAGGUUUCAAAAGCUGAACAAGAUGAGACAAGCAAUGAAUUAAUAAUACUAUUAGAUACUGAUGGAAAAAACGAUGAAAUUUUAUCAAACAUCACUUCAGAGAGUUGGAAUAGAGACAGAAUUAAUAAAUUUAUAAAGAUUAGAUUAACUGCAGACUCACAAAUAUUGAAAUUAUUCAAUCUGUUAUCUGAUAUUGUAGAAAAUAAUAUUUGGAACAUUGAUGAUAGAAUUUUAACAUGGUUAGAAUGGUUAUUGACCUUAAAGAGUAGUUAUUUGAAUUCAUCUAAAUCGAAACAAGUGGCGAAAAAAUUGAAGCAUUUCAAAGUAUCGUUAAAAACUUCUGCUGAAACGUUACCAAUUUUAAUUGGUAUUCAAGGUAAAUUGGAAAUGUUGAAGAGACAAGCACUUUUAAGGAAAGAAUUAACUCAAUUAAAACUAGAAAAUGAUAAAAAUGAAAUUGUGAAUAUCGACGAAGGCGAAACAAAUGUCAAAGAUAAAGAUGAUAGUGAAGAUAAUAUUACCUACGUGAAUGGUGAAAGUGAUGCAUUUUUUGAUGCAUCUGAAUUCAAAGAAUAA